UAACGCUGUCCUGUCCAUUGGAGCAGUAAGUCUACAUUAUAUUGUUCCUUUCCUUUAUUCUGUUACCUGGAAUUAGAGCGCUUCUACGCAAUUCCGCUCGGAAAGCGCCUUGAGUAGCUCUCCAGAGCAUUCAAAAUGGCUUCCUACGCAGACGAACACAAUACCACCAACCCCUCCCUCACUGCAAACCCCCGCCGUCGCCGUCCCGACCUCUCUACCUUUUUCGCAACGCUUUCGGAAAUCAGUCCACAGCCAGAUGCUUCACGGACUAGACCACAUGCCGUCCCCGUUCCAGGCGACGUGAGUGCUGCCUACUACUCGCUUGCGGAGGCAUUCGAAGUUAUGCGUCGCGAGGCAGAGGGCGGGCGCAGCGCAGAUACCCAGGAGGGAGAUGGCAGCGACCUAUUGACACAGAUGAUUCAGAUUCUGUUGAGAGGAGCCGAUAUGCCUCCUAGGGAGGUCGAGGGUGUCAGUGAGGAGUUUUGCGAUACCCUCGAUCGCGUCCCCCGUGCCUCCUUGAAACCAUCUCAGAUCUGUCCGAUCUGCAACAACCCCUUCCUGGACGACCAGUACCCGCUCGUCGUCCGCCUUCCGUGCCAUCCUACGCACCUGUUUGAUCUCGAGUGUAUCCGACCCUGGCUCCGUCUCCGGGGGACCUGUCCUUUAGAUCGAGUGGACUUUGGCAAGAAAGAACGGGAAAAGGCAGAGGCACGUAACAAGAAACCGGUUGAUGACGAUGAGGAGGAGUGGGAUGAUAUGUAUGCAUGAUAUGCAGGGUCGACCUUUUCUUACUGGGUGCAUGAGAUUGGGAUGACAUUGAAGUCAUCGUUUACGAGAAUGAUGCGAUGGUUUGUCUGUGUGUUAUCCUGUUUAUUUCCACGAAAUUUGCUGACCCUCUGCAUAUCAAGGUCUGCGAUCUAUGGGGUUGUAUUCUGAGUGUAUCUGGCGAAAUCAGGGGAUAUCCAUCUAUCUAAAUGCCGUCUAUAAUGAGAUACCACUUAUGUCUGACGCGAAUCUAUUUCGACAUUGUGCCUGGAGUAUAAUCGAGACCAGAUCUUCAUGAGAAACGAACACUACUACAAGAUCGACUUGUCUAUAUACGUUCAAAUUAUCCAUGUACCUUGGGACUACCAACAGUGGAAGCGCGUUGUACUACUGUAUCUUCCAUCGCGAUGCUUCGUGGUGAAUCCAUCCUCUUCUUCCACCAAGCCCUAAUCAAGUAAUGACUAUACGACACGACAACAACUGGGAGCCAAUUUUACGUAUAAAGAAAACCAGGAAACUAUCGUUAUCUUUUGUCCAUUUACAUGUCGCAUAGAAUACCCGCCAACAACUCUGAAUAACAUCCAAAUGAUGUAUGGCACUGACUGACUUCAUCCUCGCAUCAUCCUCUAUCACAUAUACCAGUAGUGGUACGUAGUCUUUAUAUAUAUACCAGCCAACAAGGUUAGAAACUUC